AUCUAUGGUACGAAGAAAUUUUCAACUAAACCAAUCAGAUUAUCCAAAUUUUCAAGUUAAUAGAGAAAAAUGUAACUACUUUCACUAUACAUAUGAUAAAUUUAUUAUUAUUUUACCAUUUUUAAAUUGAAAAAUCGAUUAAGAAAAAUAACUUCGAUAAUUCUCGAAAAUUAACAUUGCAACACGACCCUGACGCAACCUCAAUUUUGGAAUCUUGUAUGUUCGAUUAUCGUUGUUUACAAACAACUCGGUCGACUAACUACUCCUACCAAUAAUCAAACUAAAAAUGAAUAACAAUCAAUAAAACAGGGUUGCCUAUGCGGUAUUAAUUUUUAUUUUUGCAUAAUCUUUUAUCAAUACUUUUGUUUUUGUAUGAAAAUAUUAGAUUAAUGUUUUCUGCAAUCAAUGUUUAACAAUACACAUAUCGAUUACUUAACAUAAAACGCUAUUAAAAAAAAGAGAUCAACCAUGUUAUCAUCAAUUGUCAAGGAACACCAAAGUAAACAAGCAGCAAGAAAGGAAAGACAAGAACAGAAACGUAAGGAGGCUGUUCAAGCUGCUAACAAUUUAACUCAAGCACUUGUAGAUCAUUUAAAUGUUGGGGUAGCACAGGCAUAUUUGAAUCAAAAAAAGCUUGAUGCUGAAGCUAAACAAUUACAACACAGCGCCACCAAUUUUGCUAAACAAACGCAAUCCUGGUUGAAUUUAGUGGAAUCAUUUUCAAGUGCCUUGAAAGAAAUUGGUGAUGUAGAAAAUUGGGCUCGAAGCAUAGAAGGUGAUAUGAGAACUAUUGCCACUGCCUUGGAAUAUUCUUACAAAGCUACACAAGAAACUCAAGCUGCAGGAUCAUCUUAAAAGCACAGAUUUAUAAGUGCUUUGUUUCUCUAGAUUUAUAUGCGAUAGAUUGUUUUAUUUUAUCCAUUCCAUAGAUGAAAAAUUAUAAAUUAUUUAUAUAUU